AUGCGUGGGACUUUCAUUCUUUCAUUGCUUUCUGCGGCGCUGGGCGCCAGCGCGGCUGUUUCAAAAUCCAACCUGAAAAGUCACGUCGAUGUGCUGGCACUCGACUACGCUUUCAACCCCGUUGAGCCUGCCUACUGGACCGGAUACCCUCACCACCGUCGGACACCUUUCGCUGUGUCGCCUGAUGGAAAGUCCGCGUAUGUCGCGUACCUGGACUCAAGCGCAACCGAUGUCCAUGUCCAGCAGGUCGACCCGUCUACCUUUGCCGCCACUGGUACCACUGUGACUGUGUCCGGUGGAAAGGAAGCCGGUGGUCUUGUUGCCCACAACGAUGGUUUCGCCCUUCUCACCAACGAGGCCAUGCCCUCUGGCACUACCAACGCGCCGUCUGGUGAGACCCCUGUGCCUGUGCUGUACCGGUACACCUCUGGUAAGCAGACAUGGAAGACCUGGCUCGGUGGUCCCGGUGUCCACGCUUCCGAGGGACUCUCUGCCUCUCCCGACAUGAACGGUGAUCUUGUUUACUCUGAGGCCGCCGAGAUGUACGGUGCGUACUUUGUUGUGACCGACUACUCUGGCGAUGCGUCGGGCCACUUCGGUGACAGCGUCGAGUACGUCACGACCGAUGGAACUCUCAAGCAGAUUGACGGUGCCACCAGUGCAUGGGGAUGUAGCCACAACACCGGUAUCGCAUUCGAGGCUGCUGACGCUGCUCCCUUCGCCGGAAUUUGUGCCGAGGACCAGGGUGCCAUCUGGCUCAACACCAAGACCCAGGGAAUGACCACUGAUGGCGUCAAGAUUUCCAACGAGAACACCACCAACGGUGCCUCCGGUGAGCCCAUGGGAGGCAUGUCUGGUAGUUACAGCGCGUUGGCUCGUUUCGCCGAAACUACCAAGUACAUCUUCGCGUGGGUUUCCCGCGGCGCGAUGGACGUGACCGAGAACGAGUGGAUGGGAUCUGGCUACACUAACGUGCAGAACCGCACCAACGGUCGUAACGUCGCCAUUGCUCUCUUCUCUGACAAGUACACUAAGGUCGGUGCCGAGGCUACUUCCGUGGUUGGCACCGAGGACGGUGACAGCCAGAUUAACUGGGUGACCUCCGGAUCUAACGAUUGCUCCAACGCCCACGCUGCCACUUUCGGUGCCAGCAACGCUCUCAUCACCUGGGAAGAGAUCUCCAACCCAACCUGUGACUUCAUCGCCAUGGGAUGUCGCGGUUCGUUCGCUGGAACUUUCUUCCAGGAGGUUGACUCGACCGGUGCCAAGGUUGGUGAGUCUUUCAGCAGCGACGAUGUUUACGUCGCUGGUGAUAUGGUCACCAUGUCCGAUGGUCGUAUCUGCUGGCCUUACGUUAGCAUGACCUGGGACCUCUCCCAGGCAAACGACGGAUCUUCCGCGGCCGGAAAGAAGCUGAGCUUCGCCUGUAUCGGUCUCGAUGGAACAACCGAGUCCUCCAACACCACUGCUAGUGCCACCACCAGCGCAGCUGCCAAGGUUGCCGUGAGCGAGACCGCUGCCGCCGUCACCAAGGCUGCUUCAGCCGAGACCGUCGUUGCCUCUAGCCAGACCACCGAAGCUGCCGUCGAGGCCACUAGCGGCAGCGUCGCCGCCAUUGGCGAUGACUCCGAUAACGUUGCUGCCACCAGUGCUGUUGUCAAGGCCAGCGAAGCUACCGUCGCUUCCGUGGCUACUGCUAGCGCUGAGGCUAGCGGUGUUGUUGAUGCCAUCGGCAACAACUCCGAGGACGUUGUUUCAACGACUGCUAUCCCCGCUGCCACUCUCAGCAUGGAGACCAGCGCUUCCGUGAACGAGAUCCCCGUUGCUACCCCUGUCGAAAUUCCCAGCACCCCUAGCGCGGCUGCUGCCGAAAGUGGAUUCCCUAGCGAGUCUUGGGGUGCCAUUCCCAGCGGUUUCUGGGAUGCAGCUCCCAGUGGAUCAUGGGGCGAGGUGCCUAGCGGUGCCUUCGGUGCUGCCCCUAGCGGUACCCCUACUGGAAUCUCCCGUGGACACGGUCGGGGACAUCACGGACACCGCGGACACAAGUGGGCUCAUGAGCACGCUCAGGCACAGUCUCAGGCUCAGGCCCAGGCCGAGCCUACUGUCGGCUCCUGCAAGUCCAACUAG